AUGGGUCGUUUGGACAACCGUAGCCUGACGUUGAAGUACCACGUGUGGCCGCGCUUCAACUCGUUCGGCGACGCGGAGACGGAUGACAACCAUCUGUCCAUCGUGACUCUGGAGGAGAAACCCUUCGUCAUCGUCGAAGACGUGGAGAGGCUCACUGGAACCUGUAUGAGGAAUUCUGUUCCCUGUAGGAAGCACAUCAAGGAGCUCAACACCACAGAGGCGGGCGGGACCUACAUCAAAAAGUGCUGUAAAGGAUUCUGCAUCGACAUCCUGAAGAAGAUCGCGAAGUACGUGAAGUUCACCUACGAUCUCUACCUGGUUACCAACGGUAAACAUGGGAAGAAGAUCAACAACGUGUGGAACGGGAUGGUGGGAGAGGUGGUCUAUAAGAAAGCUGUCAUGGCCGUCGGCUCUCUGACGAUCAAUGAGGAGCGUUCUGAGGUCAUCGAUUUCUCCGUCCCGUUCGUGGAAACUGGAAUAAGUGUCAUGGUCUCCCGUAGCAACGGAACCGUCUCCCCGUCCGCCUUUCUUGAGCCGUUCAGUGCGACGGUGUGGAUCAUGAUGUUUGUGAUGCUGUUGUUGGUAACAGCGAUGGCUGUGUUCAUGUUUGAAUACAUCAGCCCUCUGGGCUUUAACAGGAACCUGGCACAGGGUAGAGACCCCCACGGCCCAUCGUUCACUAUGGGUAAGGCGGUGUGGCUGCUGUGGGGUCUAGUGUUCAACAACUCUGUCCCGGUUCAGAACCCUAAAGGCACCACCAGUAAGUUCAUAGUGUCGGUGUGGGCCUUCUUCGCCGUUAUCUUCCUGGCCUCCUACACAGCCAACCUGGCUGCCUUCAUGAUCCAGGAGGAGUUUGUAGACCAGGUCACGGGACUGUCUGACAACAAGUUCCAGAACCCGUAUGCGUACUCCCCUCCGUUCCGUUUUGGGACGGUCCCCAACGGUUCGACGGAGAGGAACAUCAGGAAGAAUUACCCUAACAUGCACGAGUACCUGUCCAAGUACCACCAGACAGGGGUUCAGGACGCUCUGGUCAGCCUGAAGACGGGUAAACUGGAUGCCUUCAUCUACGAUGCUGCUGUGUUGAACUAUGCAGCGGGCCGAGACGAGGGAUGUAAGCUGGUCACCAUCGGCAGCGGAUACAUCUUCGCCACCACCGGCUACGGCAUCGCUCUGCAUAAAGGGUCCUACUGGAAACGCCAGGUGGACCUGGCUAUACUGGCUAUUAUAGGAGACGGUGAGAUGGAGGAGCUGGAAGCUCAGUGGCUAACGGGGAUCUGUCACCAUGAGAAGAACGAGGUGAUGUCCAGUCAGCUGGACGUUGACAACAUGGCCGGAGUGUUUUACAUGCUGGCUACCGCAAUGGGACUGUCUCUCAUUACCUUCAUAUCAGAGCAUCUCUUCUACUGGAGGUUGAGAUACUGUUUCACUGGAGUCUGUACGGGAACACCGGGACUACUGUUCUCUAUAAGCAGGGGGAUUUGGAGUUGUAUCCACGGCGUCCACAUCGACAUGAAAAAGAAAUCAGAGCUGGAUUUUAGCCCUCAGGCUAACAUGUUGAAGCUCAUCAAGUCAGCCAAACAGAUGACCAACAUGUCCAACCUGUCUGCGUCCAGGAUUAAUUCCCCCAAGCGAGCGGCUGAAUUCAUGCACUCGGCGGGGCCCAUGAUCAUGGAUAUGAUGGCUGAGAAAGGUAACUUCAUCUACGCCGACAAUCGAAGCUACGCCCCUAAAGAGGUGAUCUACGGCGAUACGGGUGACCUCCAGGCGUACCUGGCCAACCGACACAAAGACCACCUGAAUAACUACAUCUUCCAAGGCGGACAGCACCCUCUGACCCUCAACGAGUCAAACCCAAACUCCGUGGAGGUGGCGGUGAGCGCGGACGCCGCCCAGACCAACGCCAAACCCAGAGGCCUGUGGAAGAAGUCCGUGGACACAAUGCGGCAGGGUCCAGGUGUCCCGGGCCCCGACAUGCUGUCCCCCGACCCCCGCAUCUCCAUGAAGACGCAACGAUACCUUCCGGAGGAAGCAGCUCACUCAGACAUCUCCGACUGCUCCAGCCGAGGAGGAGGCGGUUCGUACCAGGACCCAGAAAACAACAAGCACCUGAAGAACAAGGACGGAUUAAAAAAAAGACAGUUGCCGUCUAAAUACCCGAGGGACUGUAGCGACGUAGAGCUGUCCUACUUAAAGACUAAGCAGGGCAGCGGAGGGAUCUACACCAUAGACUCAGAACUCAAUCUCAACUCUGAUCCUUUACACUACCGCGAGAGUCGAGGCCUGGCCACCGACGACCUGGACUACCCAGAGAUCUACUCUGACCACAACGACAACUACAGGAAGUGUCAGGAUCAGCCAAUCAUCCACCUCAACUCGUCCCCGCUGCACCACGCCGACGUGGACCUGCUCCCGGACUCGACUUACUCCAAACACUACGGCGUGAAGGAUAAGAGCUUGUCCCUGUCGCCCCACGAGACCAACGACCGUUCCAAACAGACCCACUGCCGCUCUUGUCUGUCCAAGUUCCCUGCCAGUAGCAGCUACACCCCGGGUCACUACACGCCCACAAACACCGCUUCUGUCGCCGCCGCCGCCGCAGCCGCCUCCGCGCCGCCCGCUCGCCCCUACAACCGCUGCGAAGCGUGCCUCCACACUGCUAACCUCUACGACAUCAGUGAAGACCAGCUGCUCCAGGACGCCCUGCUGACCGACCAGGGAAUGAUGCAUCAACAUCAGGACGAGAUGUUCGGCCACUACUGGCCUCAGACGGACGGUCCGCACGUCCAGAAGAGAAACCGCUUGCGUAUGUCCCGCCAACACUCGUUCGACAACAUCAUGCUGGAGAAGCCUAAAGAAAUAGAUCUGGGGCGUCCGGCUCGCUCCGUCAGCCUCAAAGAGAAAGACCGCUGCUUCCUGGACGAUUCUCCCUACGCCAACCUGUUCAGCGUCCGCCAGGCCGACAAGCUGUUGGGCUCCAGGUCGAUGCUGUUCAACCUGGAGGAGAACAAACGGAGCAAGUCGCUGUACCCCGAACACGGCUCUGACAACCCCUUCAUGGCGUCUUCGCUGAGGGACGACGCGCGCCUCGUCCACGGACGCAGCUCCUCCGACAUUUACAAGCAGCUGGGAGGAGGAGGAGGAGGAGGAGGGCUCAAAACAUCGCAACGCAACGAAAACAAUCUGAGAUCCUCGGUCAAAUCCGCCGCUUCCUACUGCUCCCGGGACGGAGGACGGAUACCAGCCAAUGACAUGUACAUUACAGAGCAUGUGAUGCCUUAUGUAGCCAAUAAGACGAGUUCUUACUCAGCCGCACCGCGAGGGGUAUUAAACUCAGCCCAGUUCAGCAAUAGACGGGUUUAUAAGAAGAUACCCAGUCUGGAGUCAGACGUUUAAUUCACUUAAUGAUUAUAAUUAUUAGUAGGUUAUUACGAAGUCUUUCUGCUGUGUUUUAUUAUAGUUUAUAACUAUCUACUAUCCACUUAGGAUGCCAUAGACACACUUCUUCUUCUUCUGCUACUACAACUACUACUACUAUUACUACUAUAGCCAGAUACCACGUACCAGGGGAGUUGAAGCUCUCUCUCUCUCUACUAAUCUCUCUGUUCCUUCCAGGGGAAUUGGAGAUCUCUCUUUCUCUCUCUCUCUCUCUGUCUACUGAUCUCUCUGUUCCUUCCAGGGGAGUUGUAGAUCUUUCUCUCUCUCUACUGAUCUCUCUGUUCCUUCCAGGGGAGUUGUAGUGAGAGGUUUGGCCCGUCAUAUGAUUCAUGGACAAACAGACAGACAGACUGUAGGAGAGAAAUGAGGAGAGAGAGAAAGAGGGGAGGAGGAAUCAGGAGAGAGAGAGAGAGAGGAGGAGGAAUCAGGAGAGAGAGAGACAUAGAGGAGGAGGAAUCAGGAGAGAGAGAGACAGAGAGGAGGAGGAAUCAGGAGAGAGAGAGACAGAGAGGAGGAGGAAUCAGGAGAGAGAGAGAGGAGGAGGAAUCAGGAGAGAGAGAGACAGAGAGGAGGAGGAAUCAGGAGAGAGAGAGAUAGAGAGGAGGAGGAAUCUGGAGAGAGAGAGACAGAGAGGAGGAGGAAUCAGGAGAGAGAUAGAGAGGAGGAGGAAUCAGGAGCGAGAGAUAGAGAGGAGGAGGAAUCGGGAAAGAUAAAUAGAGAGGGGGAGGAAUCGGGAGAGAGAUAAAUAGAGAGGAGAAAGAAUUAGGAGAGAGAGGAGGAAUCAGGAGAGAGAGAAAUAGAGAGGAGGAGGAAUCAGGAGAGAGAGAUAGAGAGGAGGAGGAAUCAGGGGAGAGAGAGGAGGAGGAAUCAGGAGAGAGAGAUGGAGAGGAGGAGGACUCAGGAGAGAGAGAGGAGGAGGAAUCAGGAGAGAUAGAGAGGA